AAACAUUUCAAGCUGAAGUUUAAGUUUUAUAUUUUCUGCUUGAUAACCAAUUAUAUAUUCACUAUAUUUCUAUCUUAAGGGGCUGGCAGUUGACCUUACCAGCUAACCAGCAUGGCUAGGAUCAGAUUUGUUUUAACAGUUUUCCAGUUGGUGCUAGAAUUGCUGAUGAAUUCAUUAACUGAGUCUUCCAUACAGAAUAAUGAAUGUCCACAGCUUUGUGUAUGCGAAAUCAGGCCAUGGUUUACACCACAGUCAACCUACAGAGAAGCUACGACAGUUGAUUGCAAUGACCUUCGUUUAACAAAAAUCCCCAGCAAUCUUUCCAGUGACACUCAAGUUCUUCUCUUGCAAAGCAACAACAUUGCAAAGACUACAGAUGAACUCCAGCAGCUUUUCAAUUUGACAGAAUUAGAUUUUUCACAGAAUAAUUUUACUAGCAUUAAAGAUGUGGGGCUCGCAAAUCUUUCUCAACUCACUACACUACAUCUGGAGGAAAACCAGAUAACAGAGAUGACUGACUACUGCUUGCAGGACCUGUGUAAUCUUCAGGAACUAUAUAUAAAUCACAACCAGAUUAGUAGCAUUUCUGCAAAUGCAUUUUCUGGCCUGAAGAAUCUUUUAAGAUUGCAUCUUAAUUCCAACAAAUUAAAGGUUAUUGAUAGCCGCUGGUUUGAUUCUACUCCUAAUUUGGAAAUUCUGAUGAUUGGUGAAAAUCCAGUGAUUGGAAUACUAGACAUGAAUUUCAAGCCACUGUCAAAUUUAAGAAGUCUAGUUUUGGCAGGCAUGUACCUCACUGAUAUCCCUGGAAAUGCAUUAGUUGGCUUGGAUAGUCUUGAAAGUCUUUCCUUUUAUGAUAAUAAAUUGGUAAAAGUUCCUCAACUUGCACUUGAGAAAGUACCAAAUUUAAAAUUCCUCGACCUUAACAAAAAUCCGAUUCACAAAAUACAGGAAGGUGACUUUAAAAAUAUGCUCCGGUUAAAGGAACUUGGAAUAAAUAAUAUGGGAGAACUAGUUUCUGUUGAUAGAUAUGCACUAGAUAACCUUCCUGAACUUACAAAGCUUGAAGCCACCAACAAUCCAAAGUUGUCUUACAUCCAUCGUUUAGCAUUUCGUAAUGUUCCUGCACUGGAAAGCCUGAUGCUCAACAACAAUGCCUUGAAUGCAGUCUACCAAAAGACAGUGGAAUCCCUUCCAAACCUACGCGAGAUCAGCAUCCAUAGUAAUCCACUCAGGUGCGACUGUGUCAUUCACUGGAUAAACUCAAAUAAAACCAAUAUCCGUUUCAUGGAGCCUCUAUCCAUGUUUUGUGCUAUGCCACCUGAAUACAGAGGGCAACAAGUAAAAGAAGUAUUAAUACAAGAUUCAAGUGAACAGUGUCUUCCAAUGAUUUCUCAUGAGACUUUUCCAAAUCAUUUGAAUUUGGAUAUAGGCAUGACAGUAUUUUUAGACUGUCGGGCCAUGGCAGAACCAGAACCGGAAAUUUAUUGGGUAACGCCACUUGGAAAUAAAAUAACAGUUGAAAGUCUCUCAGACAAAUACAAGUUAAGUAGUGAAGGUACCCUGGAAAUCUCUAAUGUUCAGAUUGAAGACUCUGGGAGAUAUACGUGUGUGGCUCAGAACGUAGAAGGGGCCGAUACAAGAGUAGCUACUAUACGAGUGAAUGGAACUCUUUUGGAUGGUACUCAGGUUCUGAAAAUAUAUGUCAAGCAAGCCGAAUCUCAUUCAAUCUUAGUUUCUUGGAAAGUUAAUUCUAAUGUCAUGACCUCUAAUCUAAAAUGGUCAUCAGCCACUAUGAAGAUUGAUAACCCUCACAUUACAUAUACUGCUAGGGUCCCAGUUGAUGUACACGAAUAUAACCUCACUCACUUGCAGCCAUCCACAGAUUAUGAAGUGUGCCUAACUGUGUCAAACAUCCAUCAGCAAACACAGAAGUCUUGUGUUAAUGUUACAACAAAAAAUGCAGCUUUUGCGCUUGAUAUUUCCGACCAAGAAACCAGUACUGCCCUUGCGGCAGUAAUGGGAUCAAUGUUUGCCGUAAUCAGCCUUGCCUCCAUCUCUGUUUAUAUUGCUAAAAGAUUUAAGAGAAAAAACUACCACCAUUCAUUGAAAAAAUAUAUGCAAAAGACAUCUUCGAUCCCACUGAACGAGCUGUAUCCUCCACUUAUUAAUCUCUGGGAAGGUGACAGUGAAAAAGACAAAGAUGGUUCUGCAGAAACCAAGCCAACUCAAGUCGACACAUCCAGAAGCUAUUACAUGUGGUAACUCAGAGGAUAUUUUGCUUCUGGUAGUAAGGAGCACAAAGACUUUUUUGCUUUAUUCUGCAAAAGUGAAAAGUUGAAGACUUUUAUAUUUUUGACUUUGCUAGUUUGUGGCAGAGUGGCGAGGACAGGUGGAUAUUUCAGAAUUUUUUAGUAUAGCGUAUCGCAAUUGUUUGACACAAAUGGCGGCUUCACCUAGCUUCCAAUUUUUUUUUAUUUUUUUAUUUUAUUUGUAUUUAGUUCCUGUGCUAAAGUUAAUAAUGCUGUUCUAACUACAGUGCUGAAAAAAAUUAAUGACAGGCUGGGGUUUCCCUGCGAGUCACAAGUAGCAAGACCCCUUUUUUUCUGAAGCCAUCAGUAGAGAGUACAGUAUCCUGCAAAAGCUAACAUACAGUUUUGAAACUGCAUUGAAAUAGUUUUGUAACACUCUGGUCUAAAGACUCUUUAACUGAGAAACAAAGACUAGAUCUUGAAUGAUGUUAGUUGACUGUACUGUAAUGUUGUAUCAACUGAUUUGAAUGUUUUUGAACAAUGACUUUUCUUUCCUUUUUUUCUUUUUGUAAUAGUUUAAAAAGGCUUAGGUAAAGCUAACAGGCAAUAGAAAAAUGUACAUCCAGUUUUUUAAAUGUAACAGACUAAAUGUUAAUUGUUAUCUUAUUCUUUUUAUUAUAUUUAGUAGACUAUUUUAAAGAUUACUAGAGUUUUGUUGUGCUUAAUCCACCAACACAUGGUGUAUAAUGAAGGCAGAACUAUAAUAAAUUACAGUUUUGUUCUGAUUUUUUUUUUA